GUCGGGGUGGCAGCGCCCGGGUUAGGUUGCAGUGGGGCCGGAGGAGGCGGUUUCUCGGUUGAAGUUUGGGUGUUGGGUCACGGCGCCGAUGGGGAGUGUGAGCCGGGAGGUGGUGACUCUGCAGCUCGGCCACUACAGCAACUUCGUGGGCACUCACUGGUGGAACAUACAGGAUGCUGCCUUAUGUUACGAUGCUGAGCCAAGCAACCCAUACUCUGAGAUCAGCAACAACGUUCUGUUCCGAGAAGGGCUGACACUGCGGGGCCAGCCCACUUACACCCCCCGCCUCAUCAUCAUGGACCUCAAAGGGAGUUUGAGUAGUUUAAAGCAAGAGGGAGCCCUGUACGGCAUCAGUCAGACAGAACCUGCGUUAACGUGGAAGGGGAAUCUGACAGUGCACAAAGAGGAUCCAAUAAUAAAGAACCAGUUUCUACAGCAACUUGACAGACUAAGUGGCGAGGUGGACUCCAAUAGGAAUCUCGACUCGACAGCAUUCCAAGGGGAGGAAAGACCUGCACCGAGGCCUGUGGCUGGGAGACCCCUUGACCUGUCCCAGAGCGCCUACCAACUGGAGAGCAACGUCAGAGUGUGGUCAGACUACCUGAGGGUGCAUCUGCACCCAAAGACCAUCUCCGUCAUCCAGCAGUUCAAUCACAGCAGCACUUCCGAUCGGUUUGAAGCGUUUGGAUUUGGUGAGAAGCUCGUCCGCGAUCCCUCGUUUCUGGAUGAUUUUGAGGACAGGCUACACUUCUACAUCGAAGAGUGCGACUAUCUCCAGGGGUUCCACGUGCUGUGUGACCUGCAGGACGGGUUCUCUGGCCUCUCAGCCAAGGUGGUGGAGCUGCUGAACGAUGAAUACGGAGGCAAAGGCAUAUUCACGUGUGGUUUCACCCCGACCUCAUACACAGACACGAACCCAGUGAAGGAGGUCCAUCGGCUGCUGAAUUCGGUCAUGGGGAUUGUGCAUUUAUCCAAUCGCAGCUCCAUCUUCUGUCCAAUGUCACUGAACCGAAAUGCCCUGGGACGGAAACGGUCUUCACCAGUCACGUUCCCACAUGUCAUGUACGACGCGUCUCUCAAUUAUCACAGCAGUGCAUUGCUCGCCACUGCCCUGGAAACGCUGACCACCCCAUAUCGACUGCAGCCUUCCACCGUCUCACUCACACAGUUAACAGAUGCACUCAACCAGUCCGGGAGAAAGGUGAUCACUGCAUCUGCUACCAUUCCAUUCCCCUUGAGGGAUGUGGACACCCUACCAGAUGUACUCUGCAACCAACACACUGAGUUGCCAUGGACCGGACUGUCUCCGUGUGGGGAUUUUAAGGAGACCCGAUGCUUUGCCCAGUCUGUGGUGAUCCGAGGAAUCAGCAGCGAACGACAAAUCAGUAACCUACCUCCCGGGGUGAAAGGGACCUCCAUAUUACACGCUUGUCCUACAGGGGAGGAGGUACUCAGCACAUUUCUGCACAGCCACUUCCCAACUGCACUGAGCGCUGUCCAUCUGGCUCAAAGCCCAUGUAAAGUGACGACUCCAUACCCACAGUUUUUCACACCCUCCUUCAACAAAGAGGGACAGCUCAUUGGAAGUGGCCUAACAUCAACAAGCGCUGUCGAGAGUAUCCCUGUGCUGACUGCUCUGCAAUCAUCUCCGGUCUUGCACAGCGUCCUGCGCAAUCUGUACAGGGAGGUGAGCCGCCUCAACCUUCGCAAGUUCAGCACCUUCCUGUCCGCUAGCACUGAGCUGGAUGAUUUCAGAGAGGUCCUGGAGGAGCUCAAGACCCUCUCCCAGUCUUACAAAAUGAACUUUGAGGUGGAUGAAUCAGAAGAUGAUUCUGAUGCAGAAUAAAGAUUGCUGUAACCCCUGCGCCCGCCACCCCCCCCCUCCACCACCAAUUCCUGCACGUUCUACCAGAGUAAUGGGCAACAAACCGUGUUCAACAAUGAGGAGGGGAAAACUUUCUCUUCUGCAAACAACCUUCUCACUUUGUCCCCUCUGUCCCAGCGCACUGUACACAGCCCCCUCUGUUUAUAUUCUCGCCACCAAGUUAAAAUUGAAACUGGCUAAGGGAACCAGCAUUUAAAAGCCUGACCAGUCAGGAAACGAUGGCACUGUCUGAUACCUUGUCUUUGAUGUUAUAAGUUUAUUUAUGGAAGAUGAGGUAGAUUCUUUUUUUCAUUAAAACUUCAAAUGCCA